AUGAGAAGGCCCCUUGAAGCUGCCCACCACUUUAGCCGUCUCCCAACCGUCGGAGCUCUCCACCAGCCUGGCCGACGGGCUCGAACCGGCCACCACGAGCUGAGUCGGGGACAGCAGCUCCAUCCCGUCUCCGAACGCCAGAGACCCUUCGACGUGGACCAAUACGACGCUGACGUCUGGAAGCCGGAUCUUGAACAGGUUGCCGGUGAAGGUGUGGAUGACGAGCAGGUAGCCGUCUGGGUGGUAAACGAUGCCGUUUAG